CCGCGUGCGCAGUGCAGUGCACCCCCCCCCCCCAACCCCCCCCCCCCCACGGGUGCGGCGCGGAGGAUGCGGGGCCGAAGCUAAGGCGGCACAUCGGUGUGGAGGAGGAUGGAGGCGCCUCUUGUAAGCCUGGAGGAGGAGUUUGAGGAGGGGCCCGGGGUUGAUGGGGGGACCCCACAACGCACUGCAGACCCGGCUCUGGCCGAGCUGGAGAGCUUCUCGGCUGAGAUGAUGAGCUUCAAGUCCAUGGAGGACCUGGUGCAGGAAUUCGACGAGAAGCUCACCGUCUGCUUCCGCAACUACGAUGCUGCCACCGAGGGGCUGGCCCCUGUGCGGAGCCAUCUCCAGGCACAGGAGGAGGAGGAGCGCCUCCAGGACGAGGAGGUCUGGGAUGCUCUCACCGAUGGUUUCGCCCCCCGGAGCUCCCCCCGGCCCUGGCUGCUCCCCGGGGCUGAGGCCUCUGAUGGCACCGACCACCAGCUCUGCGAGAAGGAGGAGGAGGAGGAGGAGCUCACUGAGAGGAGUGAGCAGGACUCGGGCAUCAACGAGGAGCCGCUGCUGACAGCUGAGCAGGUCAUCGAGGAGCUGGAAGAGCUGAUGCAGAGUUCACCUGACCCCGAGGCUGAUCCUGAGGGGGAGGAGGAAGAGGAGGACGAGGAAGAGGAAGAGGAAACUGAGUCUGAUGCUAAAGGCAAAGGCAGUGGUGGGAGCACGGAGCCCAUCGUUCUGCGGGAGCUGCAUGCUUUCUCCCCUGCCUUCAACAACAACUGCUCUCACGAAGUUGCACCCCCAAGUGUUUCACCAAUUGCACUGGGCACCCCAUUAACCUCCCUGUUGUCAGUGCUGGGCCGGCUGUCGGCGCGGGAGCUGGUGGCUGCGGCGGGGCGGGCAGAGGCAGCGAGCCGGGCGCUGUCGGCAGAGCUGGUGGCCCAGCUGGCACGUCGGGAUGAGCUGGCCUUCGAGAAGGAGGUGAAGACGGCGUUCAUCGGGGCGCUGCUGGCCGUGCAGGGCGAGCAGCGAGAGCAGCGCGAGGCCGCCCGCCGCCGCCGGCGCGACAGGGGCCUGAGCCUGCAGGGAGGGCGUCCCGAGCGUGGGAACAACAUGCCCCGGAAGCGCUUCAGCAUGGAGGGCAUCUCCAGCAUCCUGCACUCCAGCCUGCGCCAGACCUUUGGCCCCACCGCCAAUGAGAAACAGUACCUGAACACAGUGAUUCCCUAUGAGAAGAAGGGGUCGCCACCCUCUGUCGAGGACCUGCAGAUGCUCACUAACAUCCUGUUUGCCAUGAAGGAAGGGAAUGAGAAGGUGCCCACACUGCUCACGGAUUACAUCCUCAAAGUGCUCUGCCCAACCUGAUGCCGCGCUGCCCUUGAGCUCCCUCAACCCCGGCACCCCCUGACAAUGGGGCUAAACCCGAGGAAAAUGGGUCACCUGCAGCCCCCACCCCCCCACCCCCUGCACUGCCCCCACCUUUGCACAACUGGGAAAUAAAUAAUUCGUUUCAUUAAUUAA